UUGUACUUUGCAGCCAAUGUCCAACCUGCGGGCGUGUUACAAUCCUCAACUACAUCUCCUGGGGAUGAAUCCCAAGCGGUUAAACGGAAGCGCGGGCGACGUUCUAAACAACCAAAAGAUGAUCAAAGACUGGUGGACAAAGUAUUGGCAGCUGUACAACGUGGAAAUGGUGAACCCGCAUUAUAUGCAUCAACCACCAAAGGUGGAAUGAAACUCAUAUACGAAGGGCACCAUUUCCGAUUCACAUUCCGUAGGGGCCGAUACUCCAUUUUCCAAUGUUGUUUUAAAGAAAACAUGCAAGAAUGCAAAGUUCGUGUGGUUACAGAUCAGAAGCGUGUUUUUCCAUUGGAUGGGGAACACGUUCAUUUCAUGCAAGCUACGGAUAGAAGUGUAACCUCUAUGACCUUUGAACCUGACGGCCAAUUAGAUGAUGAAGAGUUUGAAGAGCAAGACCGGAACGAUGCCUGUGAGGAGUAUGAAAUACAAGUAACCGAUUCUGGCGAGGCGAACGAAAUGCAAACAUUGGAUUUGGAUCGCCCAGAGGAAUUUUUGACAGGAUCAAACGAGGUUAUAACAAUUGAUGCAACAGAUUCGUCGGACACAAACGAUUUUCGUGAGAAAAUAAAACGACGUUUACAGAAGGCGCUCUUAGGGAAAAGAAAAUGAAGUAUUAAAAUUUGAAUUUAAUCAAGUUUAAAAAGCAAAAUAUUUUUUUUCUCAUAACGUUAUGUGAGCAAACGUUAAUUUACAAAAGUGCCUUGAGCGAUUUUAUAGAACCAUAUAUAAGGUUCUAAACUAAACUCAAUAAAAAUAUAUAUAAAAAGUA